AUGGCCAGCGAGAAAUCAGCCGGGUUUGGCACGACCCCUUCUCACAGCCGAGUGGGCAUGAGUUCAACGGAUCGCAUCGCUAGACUUCGCCCGGGGGUGUUGGAGAAGCCCUUUCCGUUACAGAAAAAAAUGCCAUCGCAUUUGAGUACUGAGCGAAUACAGAAGAAGACGCCAUCGUAUUUGCGUACUAAGAGUCUGCUUGCUACAAUACAAAAGAAGACGCCAUCGCAUUUUAGUGCUGAUGGAAUACAGAAGACGACAGCAUCGCAUUUUAGUACUGAGAGUCAGCAUGGUACAAUAAAGAAGACGACAGCAUCGCAUUUUAGUACUGAGAGUCAGCAUGGUACAAUAAAGAAGACGACGCCAUCGCAUUUGAGUACUGAGAGUCAGCAUGGUCUAAUACAGAAGAAGACGCCAUCGCAUUUAAGUGCCCUGAGCCAGCAGGCUACAAUACAGAAGAAGACGCCAUCGCAUUUGAGUACUGAGAGUCGGUAUGGUACAAUACAGAAGAAGACGCCAACGCAUUUAAAUACUCUGAGCCAUCAGGCUGCAAUACAGAAGAAAACGCCAUCGCAUUUGAGUACUGGGAGUCAGCAUGCUACAAUACAGAUGGAGAAGUCAUCUACUGAGAAAAUACGGAAGAAGACGCCAUCGCAUUUGAGUACUGGGAGUCAGCAUGCUACAAUACAGAUGAAGAAGUCAUCUACUGAGAAAAUACGGAAGAAGACGCCAUCGCAUUUAAGUACCCUGAGCCAGCAGGCUACAAUACAGAAGAAGACGCCAUCGCAUUUGAGUACUGAGAGUCAGCAUGCUACAAUACAGAUGGAUAGGUCAUCUACUGAGAAAAUACGGAAGAAGACGACAUCGCAUUUGAGUACUCGGAGUCAACAUGCUACAAUACAGAUGGAGAAGUCAUCUACUGAGAAAAUACGGAAGAAGACGCCAUCGCAUUUAAGUACCCUGAACCAGCAGGCUACAAUACAGAAGAAGACGCCAUCGCAUUUGAGUACUGAGAGUCGGUAUGGUACAAUACAUAAGAAGACGCCAUCGUAUUUAAGUACUCUGAGCCAGCAGGCUACAAUACAGAAGGUGAUGCCAUCGCAUGUAAGUACCCAGCGCCAGCAGGCUACAGAACUGAUUCCCACCUUGUCACAGCCGUUGAAGAAGCGAUACGUCAAGGUCACAGGCACGGACAAGCAGAGAGAGACUACCGACACACACUACCAAACACCACUGAAGCCAUUAACCGGAUCCACGGCAGCAGUGAACACCACAACGAAUGCUCCCAUCAUGAGUACUUCUCUGCCACCCCCAACAAAGCCAACACGCACAGCCAUUGAAGGCAAGCAGCCUGGAGAUGUAAACGAGGCAUACGACCGACAGACGCGAGUAGCAGAACGCGUUGCAGUACCGACGGAGGCUAUAGAUGUGGAUGCCCUGGAAGAGGAUGGGGAGAAAGGGCCGCAUGUAGGUGGACCUACGCUGUGUAAGAGGGCUGGCCACACAAAAACAAAAGCAGAGCGUGCUGUGGCGAGGACGAUCACAAUUGACCUGACAGGCGAGGACAAGACAAGAUCGAGCUCUGCGUCUCGCAUUAGAGAUUACGGUAGUACAAUAGCUAGCUGUGCGGUUGGGGCCGGUGUGUUACCUCAGGUGUCUGUUGCACCUGCUAGGAAUGUAGCCGGGAAUACCAAACGCGUGAUCGGAUUUGGUGUGGCCCUGAAGAGGCCCUUUGUCGAGGGUGGGCAUGUCGGUGCAGAUGGGAAGCAAGUGACCGGGAUGGGUAAGCGUAUAGAGAAGCCGGCCACAUACAUGGGUAGCCCUACGCGCAAGGAUCCCCAGAGAGUUGUGCCGAAGGAUGAGAAAAAGGGUUUGCCUGUAGGUCUCCCAGACAACGGCGAGCGCAAUCAGCAAUCCGCACAGACCAAUCGCAGCACACCACGCGACAAAGCAACCGCUGCAAAUUCAAUUGCAAAGCGAGUGCACGUGGAGCAUCAGGGGGCGUCCAAGAUCGAUCUGUUGGCGGUUCCCUGGGUGCAAAAGGUCCUUGCUGAGCCCACAUACCUACCUGGGGACGGGGACGGGGACGAGACUUAUCUAACACACGCGCCAUCGAUUUACGACAAGGUCGAAUCGCACGCGGGUCGGUGGCUGGUGUGGCUGCCGGAGAGGGUGUAUAAGGAUUCGCCUGAAGAGAACUGGACAUUCCGGCCCAAAUGGGUCUUUCACCCGAGCGCCUAUCCGAGACGCGAGCCCUUUGGAGACCUUGGCGUGCCGGAUUAUACACUCCUGCCAAGCAGGGUGCGGGGACUGAGACGCACACUACCUGCCACGAGUGAAGUAUAUUGGUCGAUACAAGAGCGCGUACAAGGUGAAAGUGCAGAUGAGUGUGACGGGUGUCAUCCGGGUGCGCCGUACUUGACCCAUGGCGUGCACUUUGAGCAUACGCAAGGCAAGGAUGGGUUCUUCUCGGCGCCGCUGAUAAAGAACCAGCACGUGAUCCCCCGACGCCAGAGACACGGCUACGCACACCGAGACAACUUUCUACUGCCAGAUAGAGUGGAGGAGCUUGCGAGCCAAUGCACCGGUGCAGCCGAUCGACAGUUAAACACACAGACACUCCGCACAAAAGGUACUGGAGUGAAUGCAGAUAUGUAUUCAAGCAUACAGACAAAUCGUGCAGAAAGUCCUGGAAUGAGCCGCGAUACGACCCGAGAGCCCCGUGCGACAGGUGCAGGUCGAACUGUAGACGCCAGUAAGGAGGGCGGGGAAACUGUGCAUUCCAUACGCAAGAGUGGGAAGUCAGAAAAGAGACUAAUAUCAAGGUGGAUUGGUAGUCGACGAAAGAAACGUAAAGCCAGCACCAUAAAGCGGGACUUGAAUGAGUAUGACUCCGGACCAGAGAAUGCCUUGAGCGAUCCCAGUGACCUUACAGAUACUGAUGAAUCCAGUUACAGUAGCGAGGGGUGGUUGCCUAGGCUUUAUGGUGGCGACGUGGAUAGCAACGACGCGCCACGUAGCCUGCACAGAAAAUGUAUCAGUGCCCACUCGGCCACACAGGGAAGGGCAGUCUUUCGGAAGGAAUCUGUGCGCAAAGCAAAACGUCUGUGCACAUGGGAGCACUCUGUGGGGAAGGUCAAAGAUAGUAACCUAGAUUCUUUGGACAAAUCCGACACCUCUGAUAAAUCCGCCACAUCUGAGAAGACAGAGACAUCUGAAAAAACAGACACAUCGGAUAUGGCCAUCGAGUUUGAUCAGUUACUACCCAUACAGUCGCUUAUCACGGACACCCCUGCAGGAGAGAUGCCAGACACAUACAACUCCACGUCCCCAAAUACUAGGCAAUGCGACCCGGCAGAGAAUGUGUCAGGCGAGGCAAUAGACUCUCUCAGUCUCUCCCCAAUAAGCGGCCUGAGCACAUCCGAUGAUCCUUCGUCAUCGCACUCGUGCAGUUCUCGGUGCACUGAGUCGUGUACGUGCGCCCGCUCAUGCACUAGCUGCACAUGUUCCGAGUGUGCAAGCCAUGACCCAUCGCCAGGCACAGCGGUGUGCACAGAUUCGAACGAAUCCCACACGGCCGUUGCGUGUAGAGAGAAGAACAUGGAGGAUGGUAACGGACAGGGGCAGACGGGAGUACAGUCACGCACAGCGGAGUCUGAGCUAUACACACAGCCGCUUGGGACAGACCCGCCAGUCGAGACAACCCCAACUCUACCGGAAACACACUCGCCGGUGGUUGGGGUGCAAACAACCUCUCAAGAAACACAUACGGGAGAUACACCUGAAACACUUGAUGAGCCAACGACAUACAAAGCACUACAUGAGACACUCGUGCCAAGAUCGCCACACACGCCAUCCAGGUCAGAAACUGAGCAACUGCCACCCCUCCUCAGCCCCAAAAGUAGUACAGUGGUGCAGCGCAUGACCCGGAGUCCAUCACGCACGUGGUGCGCGGGACAGACUGGUGAAGGUGGCCCAGAAAAGGCCUUGUGCAAACAGAUCAAAGACCUGCAGACGAUAGACACGUCGUCGUGUAGCUCGGGGUCAUCCAGGUCGGUGUGUGUUGCGGAUUUGAUAUCCUCUCCGCGUGCUAUUGAAGAUGGGAUCCCAGAUACAGAGGGAGCUACACCGUUUAUGGGUAAGAAUAAGCGGCAACAUGGAAGCACGGAGGAGGCUGUCGGGGCGAUUGAGGGUAUACAGUCAGGCGAAAAUGUGACGACAGAAGAGAGGCCUGUCACACCACUGGAAACGACUUUGGACCAAAUAUUACAUUACAUCGCUACUUCAUCAUCCCUAUCUAGUCUGCUUACUUUGGACCAAAUAUUACAUUCCAUCGCUACUUCAUCGUCCCUAUCUAGUCUGCUUCCCGACAUAUCUGCGCCGUGCAGUGCAACAGAAUCCGCUAAAGUCCCUGUGCAAAACAGCGCCCCUGUGCAGAACAGCGCCGCUGUACAGAAUAAUGCCCCUGUGCAAAACAGCGCCCGUGUACAGAACAGUACCGCCACCAUCGAUGAUGUACCGUGCACUGAAGUGGCUGCCAUGAACACCGAUCCAUGCGCGCAAAACACAGCGUACGCACAGGCGACACCCGGAAUUCUAUCUGCACCGCUGUUGGAAGGGGCCGAUAGUCUGUACACUUCGAGCCCUGUUUGGUUUGAUGUGAACUAUUUGACUGCUGUUGAUUUGUGCAGCCAGCCCCUUAAUAUUCACGCAGACACCUCUGUCGCAAAUCCCAGUGAGACUGUGCCAACGUUAGUUACGCCCUUGACUGAUGAUUUGUGGGAGGGGACGCAGCUCCCCUCCAAUGUACCCACUUCGAUUGCGACAACACCUGUGAAGGCUCCACGUUCGAGUGAAGUGUGUAAUACUGACAUGAAAACAACAGGUGAUGACACAGGUGAUAACACAGGUGAAAUGGUACGCAAGGAAGAUGCACGUAUGAAUAAAGUGUGUGAUACUGACAUGAAGACAACAGAUGAUGACACGGGUGAAAUGGUACGCAAGGAAGAUGCACGUACGAAUGAAGUGUGUGAUACUGACAUGAAGACAACAGAUGAUGACACGGGUGAAAUGGUACGCAAGGAAGAUGCACGUACAAAUGAAGUGUGUGAUACAAACAUGAAGACGACAAGCGAUGACGCGGGUGUCGGUUGGUACGCAAGGAAGAUUGUCCCCGGUUAA